CUAAUUACUCACCAAAUUAUAUUAAUGGAAGUAACAACACGUGGGACAAACAGUAUAUACUGAAGACAGCCCCUCAGACAUGUAUUAAGACAUAAUACAAAUAGUCUGCUUGGAGCAAUGUGUCUCCACAAGAAGUAUAAUGUGGCAUUACAAUCCUUAAAAAAGCAUCUACUUCUACUUCAUUAGAAAUUGCAUAUGCACAUUUAUUUAAUUUUUUUCCUGCUGGACACAAGAUGUUUCCUACUUCUCUGUUAAGUGUAUGUGCACUGGUGGUUUCAAGUUUCUACAUCACACUUGUAUAAAUUGCAUGCUGGACCAGGAUUGAUUUCCAAACGAUUUGUGAUGUCACAAAUCAUGCUUGUAGGCCCCGCCCCCUGUCAUUCUGCACAGUGAGUCUCAGACAUCCAACUGUAGGAACGAACAAAAACAUAUUUUUGAGUGGAGGGGAACUUAAAAUGUUUCUCUAAAAAAGCCAAUAUUAUUUCAGUAUUGAUUUUUAUUUGUGAGGCUUAUAAGCAGUUCAUUUCAGGACACUUGAAAUUAGACUCCAACCAUAUAAAUAACAUAGCGAAAAUGAAAGCAAGCAAACCAAGCCUCAGCCAGGAGUAGUGUGCUGGAUCCGGGGGAGACACACGCCGAAAGACAGGCCUCUGGGCGGAAGCUGCCGCAGCGGUACAGCUGCAUUUUGUGCCUCAAAUAAAGAGUUGCGUGAACCGACAGUCUGGUCCGGGAGUUUUGUGUGCUGGGGAACCCCGUCUGUAGCACGGCUUGCUACACUGGCGCCCAACGUGGGGCAGCACACGGAAAUGUCCGAUCCACAACCGCCCAUGCAGCAGCCUCCACAGCAGCCGCCUCCGCAGCCGGUCCCGCAGCCGCCUACGGAGCAGCCAUCACAGCUGAUCACACUGCUGGGAGAGAUGCUGGGGCAGAUCACGGCAAUACACAGCCAGCAGACGGCAACAAAUAGACGGCAUUUGGAGGCACUCCAGAACCAGGCGGGGAAGCAGAACCAGCUGCUGGAGGGACUGCUGGCCCGGUCGGGGGCACAGUCUCCAUCCUCUCCAUGCUCCUCCUUUUCCGGCAUCACCAUGCACCGGAUGACAGCGGCGGAUGACCCCCAAACCUUCCUCGAAAUGUUUGAGGCGACGGCGGAGGCCUGUGGCUGGCCGGCGGCGGAGUGGGCCGUGCGCCUGCUUCCCCUGCUGUCAGGAGAGUCCCAGACUGCGGCGCUCGGCCUGCCAGCUUCUGCUCGGGGGGAGUUCCGGAACGUCAAAAGAGCCAUCCUAGACAGGAUGGGUUUUUCCCCCGAGGAUCACCGCCGCCGGUUCCGGUCCGCCACACUGGGAUCCUCUGACCGUCCAUUCGUCUUUGCGCAGCAGCUGAAGGACGCUGCCACCAGGUGGCUGCAGCCGGGGGGAUCCAGCGGUGAGAGGCUGAUGCUGGAGCUGGUGGUGCUGGAGCAGUUUGUGGAGGGGCUCCCGACCGGGACCGCGGAGUGGGUGCGGUGCCACCGACCGGUGGAUUUGGAGGCCGCCAUCACCCUCGCCGAGGAUCAUCUGGCUGUCCACGGGUCCAGCCGCUACGGGUGCCGCUCUCGGCCCACAGAGGGUUCCUCAGGCGUCAGGGCAGGAGUGUUGGCGGUGCGGGCAGCCCGGGCAUUUCCGCAGGGAGUGCCCUCUCAUGGAGGUCGGACAGGUGGUCCGGGUUGAUGGCCCACCAACACCCUCCCCCGGUCCAGGAGGGACAUACAGCGUCCCGGUAAGGAUCCAAGGGGGUAUACAUCAGGCAAUGGUGGAUUCGGGCUGCACGCAGUCUAUAAUUCAUCAGCACCUGGUUCGACCCGGGGCUUUGGUAGAGGCAUCGUGGGUGGACAUUAGAUGUGUACAUGGGGAUAUUCACAGA